CGCCGGGUGCAACUACGAACCUCUAACGAAACAUGAGAACAAGUCCGUGGAUUCAGGAAUCUGUUAAUUGCAAGGAUCCUGAGGAACGUUUGUCAAAGGAAAUUCAAGAAUUCAUAACCUACAUUCAGCCUACAAAAAAGGAAGCGCAAUUACGGAACGAAGCUUUGAGCCAAGUGACUAAGAUAGUCAAAGAAGAGUUUCCUAGUAGUUCCAUUCAUGCUUACGGCUCUAUCAUUACUGGACUGGAACUACCUUGUAGCGACGUCGAUAUAUGCGUAAAAAUCCCACGCGAAAUGUCUACCGACACUAUAGCGUUCAGUCUACGCCAGCUCCGUAAAGCUAUGCUGAAAAAGAGAUUAACGACGUACGCGAGAACCAAUGUGGUAGCAAGACCUAACAUGAAAGUACCAGUAUUUGCCCUCUCUCUGAACGAUUCCGAUAUUGAAGUUGAUAUAUGCAUCAACAACGAUGCACCGAGUACGGCGACCACUAUAAAGUGGCUGGAGGAGUAUUCAUUGCUUAAACCUUUAUUUCUGGUAUUAAAACACGGGUUGUCAAGCUUGAUGUUAGACAACCAUCCAACAUUUUAUAUGAUGGAUACUAAGCGAAAUGGGAUGGCCAGUUUCACUUUGAUCUGCCUCAUCGUUCGCUUUUUUCAGAUGGAAGAAGACAAAGGCGUGAAGAUAGAAGAUUUAUCUUUAGGAAAUACGCUUCUUAGAAUCCUCAAGUAUUGGUCUGAAUUCGACUUUGUUCAUACUGGCAUAUUCUUAAAGAACAAGGGUGGCUUUUUCAAAAAGGAUACCAAGUCCACGAAUAGUCCUUUGAAGAACCCAGAAGUUAUAGCUGUUGAGGAUCCUGACAAUGAAGAUGUCAAUGUCGCUAGAUCAAGUACGAAGAUAGACAAGAUUAUAAGUGGUCUCAAGAAGGCGUAUCAAUUGCUAGAUGAACGCUUGAAGACUUCAGAGCAAGAUUCUCUUUUAUCAUCGUUCAUACUGCUUCCAGCCAACGUCGGCGAUCAGCGACCCUGUGGUAAACAAUAUGUAUUAGAAGGUCUGGGAAAUUUUCAUUUGAGCAACUCACGGCCCUCCCGUAUGGCGAUAAGGCAUGCACUGAACAAAGAAGAUAAGAGGAAAGGAUAUUCUGGAAAGAGAGGCAGAUAUGAAGAUGAAUCUGGAAGGAGGAGCAGACAUGAAGAUGAUUCUGGAAGGAGAAGCAGAUAUGAAGAUAGACCUGGCAAGAAAGGAAACUAUGAUGGCCACUCGAAUCACAAUGGAAAACGAAAGAGACAAUUCCAGUCAGACCCAGCUGAAUCCUCGACGUCGAAAAAUUCCAAAAGAUACAAGCAUGCUGUUUCACGUUAUAACAAAAACCGGCCAUGAUCCGUGUUUAUACACCUUUCAAUUGGCACAAAAAAAAAGUGAAUGCCUUUAUGCAGUUUCUGGAUAUACAUUAUACAUUUGAUUUGCUUCGACUUGCUUCUAUAUCACUCCCAUCACUUCAUACUCGUAACAAUUGUAAAUCUACCAUUUCAUAUCAUUCAUACU